AUGGCGUCGUUUCACGAAAAGGCAACACCUACACAUGGGGUUUUUCGUGGUGGGUCAUCACGAUACAACACUUUACAGACUAGGAGAGAAACGCCAUACAAGAGAGUUAAGAGCGGAGCUGACGAAAACAACGAGAAUCCAGCUGAACUAUCUUCCCAGUUGUUGAUUGAUAGAACAAUACCGCAAUCGCUUCACCGAACUUAUUCUGCGCCAAAUGGGUGGAACGGAGGAGACACGAUUCUGGAACCUUCUCCUGCUCGAGAUCGUAGAGCUAUGCUCGAAGACUGGAGGCGCAGAAAAGGUCGUCAUGUUACAGGCAUAGACUCCACUUCGCGAAAACGUGUCAAGCGCAUUCCAUCUUCGUGUCGAGCAGGUUAUCACAACAGAAACGAUCUCCAAGACACUCACAGCAGUACAAUCCAGAAUAAAUCUUACGAUGAUAGAGACGAAGAAACCCCAAUCAGAAAACACCUUGCCACGCCUGGUCAAGGAAAGUUAGGAAGUGCUCGUCGAAGCAGCCUUAUGGAAAAGAGUGUCUUGAGUAGUACACCUGAAGUCCACAGAAAAGGAACUCAUCCAAGUUCAUCAAAUUCGGCACUGGUAGAUACCAUUGAUGACGCUGGUUUCCAGUCACAAAUGGAAAGGAUGAAGCGACGUUUGGAACAACUCGAAAAAGAGAAAAUGGAUUUGUCUAUGUCAAAGGCACCAUUAGAGGCAAGAAUUCGUCAGAAAGAAGACGCGUGGAUGAAAGAAAGGGCUUGUCUUAUGCAAGAAGUUCAGUGCUCAAGACUUUCGCUGCGAAAAAUUCAAAACGACCAGGAUGUUUGGGAUGUUAGAGAAAAAUUACGAGCAUCAGAAGAAGAACUCAAGUCUACGCGAUUGGCAAAAACUUCGCUUGAAAAGGAGUUACAUGCGACAAAAAUUGAGUUAGACUGUUUGGAGCGCAACAACAACAAGAUGCAAGCUGAGUAUGAUGAAAUUGCAGCACAAACGUCAGACAACAGAGACGCAGAGAUUAAGCUGCAGGUUCUAACAGAAGAACAUAUGGCAACGUCAGCUGCUCUCAAUGCAGUUUACGCUGAAUUAGAUGCAACAAAAGCGAGAGCAGAAGCCACUAUAUCAGAAAAAGAUGAAAGACUCAGAAAAGAGAUUGAGCAACUUCGAUUUGAUCUGAGUGUAAUGAAAACUCGGGCAAAUAAGGUACAACUUGAUUUGAACAAAUCGAUACAGAAUGUGGAAGAUGAAGAUGAGGCGGUACUUCGCGCGCGGAUCGAAGAGAGAGAUCAGCGAAUCAUUGAACUUGAAGCGGAGCUCCUGAAAGGUGAAAAACUUCGUCGACACAUGCACAAUUGCAUCCAGGAACUCCGUGGUAACAUCAGAGUUUUUGUGCGAACACGACCGUUUCUGCCAGGCGAUGAACAAGACAAAAACUCUCCCAUCAACAUUACACCAGAUGGUGAAUCGAUGUCAAUAAUCGAUCGUCGAAGUGGAAAACCACUGAAUUUUCAUUUUGACAAAGUGUUCUUACCUUCGGCAGGCCAGGAAACUGUGUUUCAGGAAGUUUCCGAUUUUGUACAGAGUGCACUAGAUGGGUACAACGUUUGCCUUUUUUCGUAUGGACAAACUGGGUCUGGAAAGACGCAUACUAUGCAGGGGUGCGGUAAUGGUCCGAUGAGAGGAAUCAUUCCCAGGGCUGUAGAGCAGGUACUUGCCCAAGCAAAUAAUCUCUCUACACAAAAGUGGGCAUUCACACUUUCUGCGUCUUUUCUUGAGAUCUAUAACGAAGGCCUAAAGGAUUUGCUUGUCUCCAUACACUCUGGACAAAAUUCCAUACAUGGACAAAAGCUUUCAAUCAAAAGAGAUAACGAGAGCAAGAUGUUUGUCCAGGGUCUUACAACUGUACCUAUUGAUACCACAAGUAGUUCUGAAGCAAAACGUCAGCUUGAAGCAUUGAUGAUGGUUGCAGCACAGUCACGUUCGGUGGCAAGUACAAAGAUGAACUCGCAGAGUUCUCGAAGUCACUCGAUUUUCAUGAUGCAGCUAAAAGGCUUCAACGAAGAUACAGGGGCGAGUGUUUGCGGUGCUUUGAAUUUAUGCGAUCUAGCUGGAAGCGAAAGACUAGAUCGUAGCGAAGCCAACUUUGAUUCUGCACGGCUCAAAGAGACGCAAUCAAUCAACAAGAGUCUUAGCUGCCUCGGAGUAGUCUUCAAUUCACUGGCCAUAGGAGCAUCCCACAUUCCUUAUAGGAAUUCGAAAUUGACUUAUUUGCUCCAGGAUUGCCUCAGUGGUGAUGGCAAAGCACUCAUGUUUGUCAAUUUGAGUCCUACGACAGAAAGCAGUGGAGAAAGUUUGUGUUCCUUACGAUUUGCCCAACGUGUAAAUCAAGUUGAGUUAGGCAAAGCGACCAAGAAUAUAGCUUACACGAAGACUUAG